AUGAAGUUCGAAGAAUUGCCCAACGAAUUACUACUAGACCUAUUCGAAUUCUGUGAUCCGAUUCAACUCAUUCGUAGUUUUCAAAGUCUUAAUACUCGCUUCAAUCAACUUCUCUUCGUUCAGUUUUGUUCGUAUCGGUUGGAUUUUCGUUCGAUUUCCAAAGCAAAUUUUCAUCUUAUGUGCGAAGAAUAUUUGCCAUUAAUUAUUGAUAAUGUCAGUUCACUUUGUUUGUCAGAUGGUGAAGAAACUCCACAAUUGUCUCAGCAUCUCAUUCCGUAUUGUCUUACACUCGAUGAAUUUACUCAUCUACGAUCACUUCUAAUUCAGAACAUUGAUACAUCGAGUACACUUGUCAAUAUCACAUUAGAUUGUUUGUAUCUUCCGUAUCUUACUCAUCUGAAGUUUAUUAAAUGUCACCUUACAUCCUACACUAGUCCCAACGAAUUAUUUUUAAAUAUUUGGAGUCUAAAGCAACUUACACACUGUACAUUGGAUAUUAUUUUCGAACAUACAUUCACUUUUGCUACGUUCUCCAUUAUGUCAAAAUCCAUUGAAUAUUUAUCGAUAAAAAAUUUCACAUUUUCUUCAACUGAACUCGCUUAUCUAUUGCAUUCGGUACCGUCUGUUCGACAUCUUUUUAUUAAAUUUGGACAGCCUAUUAACACUGAAUUAUUUCGAAUUCCGCCUGUUAAAUUGCUUACUCGCUUAAAAAUUCAUUUUGAUGGUUCGGUCUGUUCGUUGACACAUAUCUUGAAAAGUAUGCCUAACUUAUUAUACUUAACAUUCGAAACAGAAACAAUUAAUUUGAACGGAAAUCAAUGGAAACAAAUCUUAAUCGAUUGUGUACCUCAAAUAAAGAGAUUUCGAUUUCUAAUGAAAGUUCUGUCGAUUAAAAAUAAUAACGUAGAAGAACAACUUGACGAUAUAUUGAAUACCUUUCGAACUCCAUUUUGGCUCGACGAACAUCAAUGGUUUGUUCGAUGUGAUUGGCCACAACAUUCGAAGAAACUUUUUCUUCUCUAUACUUUACCUUAUUGUUUCGGUGAUAUUCAUGUUAUUCAUCAGAAUCAAUGGUCGAAAACGACUGGUCCUAAUACUUGUGAUUAUAAUUCUUAUGAUCGAGUGAUGAACGUAUUUUAUAACGGACGUAUCGAUAAUUUAACCUUAUCUCCCAUAGUCUAUCCGAACGUUCGUCAUCUGACCUUGAGAGUUUCUGUCGAUAAUUAUUUUUGGACUAUCAUUCCAACAUUGGAUCAUUUAAUAUCAUUGGAAAUCAUUGAAAUACGAGGAAAUAGUCAAUCGAAAUCGUAUUUAAAAGUUUUACUCGAUCGAGCACCUCGUCUAAAAUAUUUAAGAAUUGAUCCAACGUCAUGUCUACAAUUGGCACAAAUGAAUAUCAGUCAUCCAUCGCUUUGUCGGAUUCAUUUGAAAAGCUACUGUACUAGAAUGAAUCGCUAUUUGAAUGCUGAGCAAUGUUCUACAUUAGCUAAUUCAUCGCUCGGACGUCAAUGUGAAGUUCUUACAAUUCGAAUUGAUGAUCGAAGUAUUAUUCUCGAUCUUGUUCGUAACAUGUGUAAUCUUCGAGCAUUGAAUUGUGAAUGUCGAAGUGAAUUAUGGAGCAAUAAUUUAACUUUUUCUUCGGACGAUGAACUUUUAGUGUGGUUGCGAAGUUCAUUGCCAGACAACUAUUCGAUUUCUCGGCAUCGAUCUUGUCUUGUGCAACUAUGGAUUAGUAGGUAG